AUGGACUCUCCAAGUUCCCCAAAGAAAGUGCUGCUGAAGGACCUCCCCGCCGUUGCAGCAGAUCCACAUCCAGAGCCGAAGAAGAUACCUCAGAGGCCGCAGACACCUCCCGUUCCGCUGACUCCACCGUCGACCCCGCCACAAACCAAGAAGCGGAACUUUGAUUUCGGCCAGGACAUGAAGAAUGAGCUCCAGACGUCCAUUCGUUCUAUCUUCCAGAAGUGGGAUCCCAGGUAUGAGGUGUCUGACUAUCUCAAGGAACGUACUGUUCAGGGCAUGCUGUCGCCCGCAGUUGAGGAGGCAGAUAAUCCGGGAAGCUUGGGACAUCCACAGCUAUGUCGACGUCGAUGCAUCUACUUCGCCAAGGGGCAUUGCCAGCAUGGAUCAUCAUGUGGGUUCUGUCAUUUGGAGCACACACGCCAGCCUGCGCAGCUCGACAAGAAACAGCGGACUAUCUUCGACAAGCUGACAGAGGGGCAGAAAUUGGAGAUUCUUCUCCCUCAUCUCCGAACGAAGGCCACAGAGGAGCAGCUCCAACACAAAGCAGACUCCGUCGUUGAGAUCAUGGAGCGCCGCAUGCACGAGGUUUCAGCAGGUGCCCCUGCUCUACCCGAAGAGUUGACGGACAGCCGGAUGUCCAACUUGGACAAGGUCUUUGCCCGUAUGACGUUCGCAGGCUUAGUGGGACUUUCCUUCCGUAAAACAGUGGACGAGUCUGACUAUGUCGUUUCCGUGCUGGACGCUUUGGAGCGGCUGCGGGUGAAGUACGCAGCUACCAGCCCUCGCAGUGAGAGCACAGAGGAUGCCAGCGCGCUCUAUGCCUGA